AAGCGUAGCGUGAGAACUUGAUAUUUUCCCAUAGUUCAAGGGAGAAGUGUGACAUUUUCUUUGAAAAAAAAAAAAAAAAAAAAGAGGUGUUUUGACACCCUAAUUUAUUUGCAAUAUGUAAAAAAUCAUGACUGUUCUUAAUCCUAGGGGAAGCUUAGGUGUAAAAAAAUGAAAUAGAUGUCAUGCUGCAGCCAUUCGGACGGAUCGUGCCGGAAGACUCAGAUCAGAAAAAGAAGAAGAAGAAGAACUCAGGUCACAGACUCACAGGAGUACAGGAGCAUAAACCAAGACUGGUAUAGAUGGAACUGCCGCAGUGUAUCGAAGUGAUUGCAGAGUCGAUGGAAUUUAAAACUCGAGAUUACGGUGCUGAAGAAGCAUCUCAUUCGCUCCCUCGUAUGCAGACGGAUUCUCAUCCUUUGGCUGUUCAAUCUUCCUCAGAGCAGGGUGUGAUUGUAUAUCAUGAGAAUAGUCAUCUCUAUGAUCCUUUGAGAGCGCCAGAUGCAAAUUUUGGAGUUUCACCUGCAGAAGGAAAAGAUGUUGAAUAUGGAUCUACGAGAGGGAGCUUCAAUGCGGCUGCUCUUCAAUCGUCAGCUAGAGAAUGGGCCUCUUUCAAGCGAUCAUUAAUGCAAAAAUUUUCAGUUCCUAAGACUAUAUCUAUUUCCUCAAUGUCCGACGUAAUAGUAAAAAGUGGCAAGGAAUAUGAGAAACCUCCAACAAGAAUGCAUCUAGAAGAACUGGAUGAUCCACAAAAAGAUGCUGAGGCAGAUAUCAAAAUCAUUACACGGCAAGAGUAUAUUUCACGAUUACAUGAACUUAAAGAUGAAAUAUGUCAUGCUUGGCGAGCCGAGGACCGUGUAACAGCUUUGAAAUUAUCAAUCAAGGUUGCUAGGCUUCUGAUGGAUACAUCUGUUUUACAAUUUUAUCCUACAGCCUUUGUUUUAGUUACGGAUGUAUUGGAUAUACUUGGAGAUAUGGUGUGGGAACGCAUAAAAAAGAAGGCAGAGUAUGCUGAUGAUGGAACCAAGAUUUGCUCUUUGCUAGAUGACUUUGAAGCCAGUGAUGUUUGCGCUGAUGCCAAAGAAACUUGUAAUAAUUGGUUCUGCAAAAUUGGUUCCAUCCGUGAACUUCUUCCACGCAUUUACUUGGAGCUGGCGAUAUUGUGUUGCUGGCGUUUCUUGCGUGACCGACCUUGGGAAAAUCUCAAGCGCCUAGUUAUGAUGAUGAGAGGGUUAGCAGAUCCAUUGGCAUCUGCAUAUUGUCAUCUAUAUCUAGCCCGAUGUGCCCAGAAAUUGCCACCACAUGAUAAGGGAUAUCUUGUUACUUGUAUUAACGACAUCAAAGUGCGGAUUAUUUUGGGAAGAGAAUCCAUGAAUGGGAAUUCUUCAGAAGAAAAAAAAAUAUCUGUCAGCCUGUUUGAACUUGCCAUCAGUUGGAUCAUCAAAUGCUUACUCAAGGAUACAGAUCAGAUGCAGUUAGGUGAUGUACUUGUGGAACUGGGUUUGCGAGCAAAUGUAGCAAACUCUUCCGUUGACUUUCCAUGUAUAUCAGUUGUUCUUCAUCAUCUCCUCAAGGAACUUCCAGCUGAAGUCAUCAGCUCUAAUGCUUUGGAGAUCAUGCAGCUUAUUGAGCGCAGCAAGGAUUAUUCCUUUGAUCAGUAUUUGAACUAUAUGCUGCUUGGAUUUAAGCUCUGCGAAAGGAUACCACUUAUGGAUGCUGUUGAUGCUUUAUUGAUCAAAGUUUUUCAGGUGGUUGCUCAAUAUGAUGGCCUUGAUGAGUACUUGAAGGUUGUCGAUGCUUACUUGGAUAUUAUUCUUCACUAUCAAAUGGGUAAUUAUUUGACCAUCAUUUUAGAUGGCAUUUCAGACCGAGCAUGCAAUAAAGGAGUUGCUGAGAAUGAACUAGGCAGCUUGCAGACCAUUUUUAUAAAGCUUCUUUCUCAUUUCGAGGACUUGAAUGAUGUGUUGGCAUUGAACCAUUUUGUGGAGAUCUUAGAUGUGAUGUACGGAAGCACUCGGAACAUUGUCAAUACGCAUAUCCUUAAUAAGGCAACCAGGUAUCAUCUUGAUUUUAUUCUAUUUACAUUUUUCCUGGCAAACUUUUUAGUGCAUUAGUUCACAUUACAGACA